UAGGGGACUUUAAGGCGUGGACUAUGGCGUGGACAUCAACAGCAGAACAUGGCUGCCGCUCUUUGACGUCAGUGCGAUUUGUACGCCUCGGCCAGCCUCAUAGCGGGCAUCACAGAGCAGUGGGUUCCGUUUAGGAUGGGUUAAGAUGCCUCCCGGAUUAUUCAAAAUGCAAGGAACGGUGUGUUCCGUCUGUGUUCGUGUUUUCAAAUGGUUUCCAGUGUUGUUCAUCACGACCAUAGUAGCCUGGUCCUACUACGCGUAUGUCAUCCAACUGUGUUUGUUUACCAUUGAGAACAUAAUCCAAAAAAUAUUUUACCUGAUUGGCUUUCAUGCCUGUUUCGCAAUGUUCGCUUGGUCGUACUGGCAGACCAUAUUCACAGAGCCAGGUACCAUUCCAAAGCAAUUCUACCUGUUACCAGCGGAUGCUGAGCGCCUGGAAAAGGAACUCGGUGAAGAUAAUCAAAGGCAAAUGCUGGAAAGGCUUGCCAAGAACCUUCCUGUCUCAUGUAGGACCAUGAAUGGGAUGGUGAGAUAUUGUGAGAAGUGCCACCUCAUCAAGCCUGACAGAGCACACCACUGUUCAGUUUGUGGGAGGUGCAUACUGAAAAUGGACCAUCAUUGCCCUUGGGUGAACAACUGUGUGUCUUUCACAAAUUACAAGUACUUCAUCCUCUUCUUGGCCUACUCCUUAAUCUACUGCCUUUACGUGGCUGCUACAACACUGCAGUUCUUCAUCAAGUUCUGGACGAAUGACCUUGAAGGAUGGGGACGUUUCCACAUUUUGUUCUUGUUCUUCGUUGCUUUCAUGUUUGCCAUCAGCUUGGUCUCGCUGUUUGGCUAUCACUGCUUCCUCGUCAUGGUGAACCGCUCUACGCUCGAGGCAUUCCGCCCACCAAUAUUUCGCACUGGCCCGGACAAGCAUGGCUUCAGCCUUGGCCACCAGGCCAAUGUGGCCGAGGUAUUCGGUGACAACCGCCGUCUCUGGAUUCUACCAGUUUUCACAAGCCUGGGUGAUGGGGUGACUUAUCCAACACGCACCCAACUGGCCAGUUCGUACAACUCCAUGGGGAGCACGGAGCAGGCAAGGCGAAAAACUCGAUCCACCAGGGAAAGCAAGACUCUCCUGUUGGAUGAAUGCUUGGGAGACGGCGUCACCUUCCCACAAAAGAUUGUGGAUGAGGACACAGAUGGACUCUUGAACCAAAGGCAGAGAUGGGCUGAAACUGAUGAAGAAGCGGGCCAUUCCGAUGCCUCUGGGAAUAGCAUGAAUGCAGAGGUCACAGCACUGCUUGAAUGAGCUGCUACCAACUCUGUGUGUGUACCUUUGCGUGCGGUAACACUGCGCCUCGUGAUAGGGAAUGCCAGCACCAGUGUCCAGAGCUGAAAAGAUGCACAUUGCAGAUGGUGAUCAUCCGGUCUAAGCAACCUGGCAUUUCCAAAGCAACGGCCCUGAGUGGCGCACAACUCAACCUUGCUGCAGGAACAAUGCAAGACUAAUUCCAUUGCUGCCUCCUGACCCCUUGCGUUCCUGCCUCUGUAGAUUCACAUUGUAGCAUCAAAGAGGCUCACUGCCACCAUUAAUGGCGUCAUUGCAUGCCAACCCUGUCCAGGGGAACGGAGGUCGCACACUUUGGCUGCAAUUGGAGAGCUGAGACGCUCUUUAAUUAUUCCCAUCCAAUAAAAACGUAGCAUCCUUCGCAAAUAACAGCGACUGCUAGUCUCACUGCGUUGAGAGGUCAGCAGUUGAACCUGGCAUGCUUCGUUUUAAAAUGCAUAGUGUUAAUAUGUGCAUUGUGUAUUGAAUUGUACUGUUGCAGGCCUGUAAUGCUAUUGCAGCAAAGGUGAUGGAGGCCACACUCUCGCACUGUGUGCUUGUGCAGCCCUUGACAUGUCAUUGUGAUUUUUUUUUAAUUUAUUGCCUUAUAAGAAAUAAAAUUUAGACCUGA